AGUUAGGGCGUGGCUACGCUGGGAAGAUCCCUUUCGCAAGGACAAGGGCGUCUUCCACCGUCUUCCUAUAUAAGCCCCGGCAGGACCUUCCAAAGGCAGACCAGAGCGAACGGCUUCAACUUGACGACAUGAAUCCCCUGAUGCUUUUGCCUUUGUUGGCUGGUGCCUGCAUAGCGGCACCUUCUGUGGCAAUCCACGCAGCAGGUUUACCUGUGGCAGCUGCUGUGCCCUAUGCCGUGCAACACGAGGUCACUGCCCACGUCCCAUCGGGCGUGGAACUGAAGCAAGUAGGUGACGUUCUCCCUGUGGCUCACCCAGUGGCCCCGGUUGCUGUUCCAGGAUACGCCGUCCAAGGAGAACUCCGUCAGGUGACCCAAGAAUUCGCCGAACCUCCAGCGGUCGCCGUCGACGUCAAUGCUCUCCCGGUCCUCGGAGCUGCCGCCGCUCCAGUAGCCUACGCAGCUGCACCGGCAGUCGCAGUUGGCGCCGUAGCCCCAGCUGUUGUCGCCCCAGCUGCCCCAGCUCUCGCUUACUCCAACGUCAACCUCAACAUCCCCGCCCCCGUGCCCGCCGGCGAAGCCCCAGCCCCUGAGGAACUGGUGCAGCGCAUCCCCGUCCAAGGUCUUGGUCGCCCCGUCGUCUCUUACACCCCCCAGAUCACCGAAGUGCGACCCGAACUCAGAGUCUACGAAAGGACCUACGACGUCGCUGUCCCCAAACCCGUCUACGAGACCAAGCAGGUGACCCCAGUCCACCACCAGUACGUUCCCGAGCCCUACGCUGUGCCCCAUCCAGUGGCCGUGCCCCAGCCAGUUGCCGUCCCUACCCCAGUUAACGUGCCCUACGCAGUGCCUCAGCCAGUCCACGUUCAACACAACGUCAUCGCUCCCCCAGCCGUUGCCGCCGUUGGAUACCACGCUGCUGCUGUUGCACCAGCUGCUGCCGUUGUGCAUGCUGCUGCACCAGCCGCUGCUGUUGGAUACCACGCUGGUGCCAUUGGAUACCACGCUGGUGCCGUUGGAUUCCACGCUGGUGCCGUUGGAUAUCACGCUGCUGCUCCAGUUGCCACCGUCGUCAAAGCCUGAGUCUCCAUCGGGAGGCGCCCUUGGUUAGCUCCCUCGGAGAAUGACCUCGUUGCAGUCCCGUUGUAAAUAUGCCUCCUCGUGACCUUUGUGUGUUGUUAGUUCCUGUUCAUCCAGUGAAGAAUAAAGUCCAGUCAUUCAU